AUAGUAUGUUGAACCGAGGUUGACGUCACUACUUGUUCUGAAACGUCUUACAUGCGCCCUAUGGUGGACAAAUGUUGGAUUUCCAUAGGCACCAUCAUCAACAACGUUACUGUAACAAUGCUUCCCUGUUCAUCUUUGCGUUAUAAAAUGCAUCAAUUUAUUCUGGAAGACUAGAAGAGAGGAUACCAUAUCUAAAUGGAGAUGACUCGCGCCAGACCGUCAUUGUUUGGGGAUAUAGCUCAUGGCCUGGGGUUCUGGACAGACCGUUCAGCGGUACACGAGGCAGCUGCCCAGGGCAAGGCCCUCCAGCUGCAGCAACUGAUCCAGGGAGGAGCAGCGGUCAACAUUGUGGCUGUGGACUCCAUCACCCCCCUCCACGAGGCCUGCAUACAGGGGCAGACACAGUGUGUCCGCCUGCUGCUGGAUGCUGGGGCACAGGUGGAUGCACGGAACAUUGACGGCAGUACCCCUCUAUGUGAUGCCUGUGCGGCGGGGAGCCUGGAGUGUGUGAAACUACUCAUACAGCAUGGGGCUACGGUCAACCCUCCACUGUUUACCUUCUCACCCCUCCACGAGGCCUGCAUGGGAGGUAACUCCGAUUGCGUUCAGCUCAUGAUAGACGUAGGAGCUCUGAUGGAGGCCCAUGACUGCCACUUUGGGACGCCGCUACAUGUAGCGUGUGCCAGACAACACUUUGACUGUGCCAAGGUGCUCCUCAAUGCAGGGGCGAAUGUAAAUGCUGCCAAGCUCCAUGAGACGGCACUCCAUCAUGCAGCCAAAGUAAAGAACGUGGAUCUGAUCGAGCUGCUGAUUGAGUUCGGAGGAAACAUAUAUGCCAGGGACAACCUGGGCAAAAAGCCCAUCAACUACACUAGUCAAGGUUCUCCAACCAAUAUCUGCCUAGAGUUCUAUGAAAAUACUCCCCUCAGUCUACAACAGAUAAGCAGGGUAGCUCUGAGAACAGCACUGGGAAGAAGAGCCCUGGACGACGUAUCUAAACUGGGCUUGCCCAAUCGCAUCAUCUGUUACCUCUUAUACCAGCCACCACCAGAUUUGGACUUGGACUUUGAUGACUUCUAACAAGCCCCAUCCUUUUUAAGAGUCUAUUUUGUCUUAUGUCGAACGAUUCCACCGCAUAGGAAUUAGCCUGGUGCCAGGUCUGUUUGUACUCUUGUCAAUGCCAACACAUUGUAAUGCUGACAUUUUUCAAGCCAAUUGGCAUAACAAUGGCUGUUGACAAGGAGUUGGCAUAAUAGCACAAACAGACUGGCACUCAGGCUCGAUAGGAAUGCAGACAGAUGUUGCUUAUUUACAGAAUGGCCAAGAUGCAGGGUAAUCUGGUCCCAGAUCAUUGUUUUGCGGUCUUGCCAAUUCCUAUGGUAAUUGUCAUGCUAAACACGCUUUGACAACGGCUAUAGGAGUUGUCUAUACAGCACAACUAGAUCUGGGACCAGGCUAAAGGCAGGGGAGCCCAAAUUCAACAUUUGUCUGAAUUAGGGUUGCAGUCAAACUACAAUGAGAAGUAGGGAUGUAAAUGUAACUUACUGAUCUGACCGGUGUCAGUUACCCAGCUAGCACAUUUGGUUCUUUGGAAGUUGCGAGAAUGUACGUUUUUGGUUUCCCAUUGGUUCUGGGAACGAAGCCAGACAUUUCCUGACCGGUAAAACGGAACGCUUUUAAGCAUACUGAGAAGGGAAGUGAACAUACAGUGAGAGACAAAAGUAUUUGAUCCCCUGCUGAUUUUGUACGUUUGCCCACUGACAAAGAAAUGAUCAGUCUAUAAUUUUAA